AGCUGAUAUGAAUUUUAUCAAAAUUACGCCACCGAAAUAUCGUCGAUAAUAGUAAUUGUGAGUUGCGGUAAACAAUAGCAGCCAGAUGCAACAGCCAUUUCUGUAGUUUACAACAGUAAAUCUCUUCACACAGGGCCCAUGCUGACAGCUUCUCCAGUGAGGAAGCCCAUAAAACCGCCCCCACUACCGAAACCAGCACCAGACUUCCUGACCCCUGACACUGCGCGGGUUGCUUCCAAGGAGAGCUCUUUAGACUUGGACCAGCUGUUGGAAAAUGCUGGUCUACAAGGAAUCCUGGAGAAAGACUUUGUGCUGAUGAUGGGGCUCAAACAUGACCUCAACCAGAAGUUGGAGAAACUUUCUACCAACAUGCACCAGAUCGCGGGUCCAGUGUCCCUGGGCGCCCCCUACCUGGCGCUGACGCUGCACCAGCCCGCGGCCGUGGAGCCCGUGGAUGAGAGGCAGGAGCAGUACCGGGACAUCAUGAGACUAUUCCCGUCAUCAGUAUCCACAGCGAGUUCCCCGCGCUCCCGCAGCGGCUCACGUGCGGAUUCACGACGGACCAAGUCCACCGGGUCUGGACUAAUACAGCGGUCUAGCUGUAGCAAGUGA